GUGACACCGGCUAGCUGAGACAGACUCGCGAUCUGACUAUUCCUUUUGCAACUGACAAGGUUUCAAUUUAAGUUUCAACAUAGUGUUUCAAUCAUGCCAAAGUCAAAGGCAAAGCCAAAAUCAAAGAGGCCGACAAAGAAAAAUCUGGUGUGUUGUAACUGUGGGCGUAACAUAAACAAUGAAUUACAGAGGCGAAAACUUACUGCAAAAAUAAAAAACCAAAAUUAUUGCCAAAUUUCUUCGGUGGACGCGCUGAAAGCACUUGGAAUAGAAAUUGGCCCAGGUGAAGGGAGGCGUCAUCUGAUCUGCCCAGUGUGCGCAAGAAUUUUAGGCAAAUUAUGUAAUGCCAUAGGAAGUUUGAAGGCAUCGUUAUCAACUCUCAAAGAAGUAACCAAGGAUGCUCAUACUCCUGUGGGAUAUAAGAUCAAGCGAGUACUGGAAGGGUCCGCAGAUGGAGAGUUUUACUUCAAGGCGAAAAGAAAAAGGAGAAAGACCAAAACUGGCAGUGAUGAUGGCAGCUGCAUAAUUGACACCCCCCUGUCUCCAGAUCAGAUAAUGGACAUCUUUCCUCAAGUUGCAUCGGAUCUACCACCUGGCCGUUACAAGAAGGUGAUGAAGCAUAUGAAAUCAUCAAAGAGUUUGGACUCCUUCAUAAUUGAAUCAGUUUGCAAGAAAAUUAGCGCAGAGAUGAAAUCGGGUCUAUCUAUUUUCUCAAUCGAUGCCAAAUGUAAGACAAAGUCAAUGGAGAAAUAUUCAUGGAGAGCUGCACACAGAAGUUUAAAGAUGAGGUGUCCAACACUCAUGUCCAUUUUGGAAAGCACACUGGAAAGAAAACCUCUGAGGAAUGAUAACAAUCGGCUCACAAUGACAGCAGCUCACUUGUUCUUCAUUAGAUCUUCAAGGCAUAGAAUCUGCCAAGAAUUGAUUGGCCGGCUUCUUUGGUAUGCUGGGACAAGCAGAAAGACUUUUCUGAGGCUCAGCAGGCUUGGGCUUUGUUCCUGCAUCAAAACCACAAGAGAUAGUAUACAUUCUAUGAAAAGUGAAUUAGAUGACACAAUCGACCAACAAAAACAGAGAAUCGCAGAACUACAGUCAACAGACCGUAAAGCAAUGAUGGAACCUUGUAGCGAUGGUUGGGAGGAAGUUGAAAAUUGGGAGACAGGGCAAGGCCUUUUUGACACCCCAAAAGAUCGUCAUGGGGACAGCCAUGCUAUGGUUCCACAAGCAGGUGCAGUUGUAGAAGUUGUUGAUGCUGAAACCCCGAUAGAUCUUGGUGGAAACAGCCAAGUUAUGAUCUCACGAAACGGCGAAGUGGUAGAGGUAAGCGUGAUAACAACAAUGGAAUCUCAGGAUGACAGUCAAGCUGCACAAACAGAAAAAGAGAAUAAAGCUGAUGACACCCAAGCAUCGCCCUUGGGAUUUACGUUGACCUUUGACACUGUCGAUCAGACACUACCAAAGUUUCAAACAAGCGAAGGAAAACCCACCAAAGAGGUUAACUUUCUCAAUGCCUACGGAGAGAUUGACCGUGUUCCAUGUUUCCAUCUCAGCGAUGAGGCACCAUCUUUGGAACAGUUGUCAAGUAUUGGCGAAGAUGUCUUCCUCCCCUCAGCUGGAGAUAUUGAUAUGCUUAGGUAUGAGUAUGAAGUGAUGAUAUCCCGAAUACUCUGCAAUCACAUUCCUUGUUUCAAGGACAUGUGUGUCAUGGAUCAGAUACCACACCCUUAUCUUGAAGAGAUGAAGAAGAAAAGUAUCUUGGUACCUUUGGGAGUUCUUGAGAAAGAUGAAACCAAACUUUCAGAGAUGAUAGAUGCAUUGGACCAUUGGCACAAAUGCGUUCCUGGACAGAAGUCACCUAUCCCCAUGGUUCUCUAUAGUAAUGCACAGUUCUGUGACAGAGUCAGAGAUGCCAUCGGAACCCGAAGGAAUGCGGAUACACCUUGGAGUAGACUGAGUGGGUUACUGCCAUCCGCACAGGAGUGGCACAAGCGGAAACUGUUGCUAGAGGACACAUAUAAGCUUCUCUAUGAUGCAAAGAGUGUCAAAUCAUGUGGAAGUUUAUCCUAUGUCCGGGACACCUACAUGCGUACUCAUGCAACAGCGAAAGUCAAUGUAUCUUUCGAGCCCUUGACCAACCUUUUGAGGUUCACAACAGAGGCAUAUGUGUUGGCUGCAGCAUGUGAAUUCAUGGGCAUACAGAAGCUGAGUGAUACCCCUAAAGAUCUGCCAGAAGACCCAGAUGAUUUGUCAUCCUAUUUCAGUAACACAUGUAAAUAUGUGCUGGAGAUGUCUUUCCAUCCUUACCAGAUAGGAGAUUCUGCCAAGGGAAACAAAACCUUGAACCAAGGGGAUGCUAUGGAGCUUGAUGAGGAUGAAGGCCCUUUCUGCGUAUGCAAAGAAACAAAAAGAAAAGGGAGAAUGAUAAGAUGUGCAUAUGAUAGCUGUGAAAAGGGGAAAUGGUUCCACCAUGAGUGCAUGAGGCUGAAGCAAUCUAAGAUCCCCAAAGGUGACUGGUUUUGCAGCAUCAAGUGUCGGCGGCAUCAACAGAAGGGUGGAGGAGAACAGGGGAGACUGAAGGAUGAUGUGGACUCAAAAUACGAAUAUUCCAAAGCUCUGCUCCAUCUUGGACUUGGUGAGAUGGUACGUCAUGAUGCGAUACGAGAAGGAGACGGUAAUCGCAUGAUCCAACAUUGGCUUCUUGAUCUUCCACGCUUCUUUGACAAACACCACUCGAAGUACUUCAGUGAAGGACACCAGCUUCUCAUGGAUGUCAAUGGGGGAGUGUCGGACAGGAUAGCGUACCAACUGAAAUGGAAUAGGACGGUGAAUGUGUAUGGUGGUGAAGGAAACAAUGUAGGAAAGGAUUUUGGAUUGGAGAGUAUGAAUAAAGACUUCAUGAAUGUACUGAGAGAUACAUCAUCAAACUUUAGCAAGGAUCUCGUAAUCUCACGUUACAGUCAAGUAGUUGUUAUGGAGGAAACAGUGAAUAGGUCUUUCGAUAUUAAGGUUACAGGAAGACCGACGCCCACUGCACCAGAUGCUGCUCAAAUAAAAGCAUCCGAUACUGUAGAUUUGGCUGAACUCCUAGUCAAGAACAGGUGCUUGGUGAAAGUCCCUGGAAGAUCACAUACAGGAUACGAAGACUUCAAGUUUCAACAAAGAGUUGAUCUGGAGAGGUAUAGGGCCAAGAUAUCAGCCUUGAAAGAGAAAAGACUAAAACAGGCUAAAUUUGCAAAACUAAUGGAAUAAGAUUUAUGACAGAUGUAAAGUGUGGUAAUGCACCUGUAAAUACCAUCUAUCAUUUAUACAUCAAACUCUGAAUCUUGCAAUCUGGCCACAUUGUGUGUGUU